CGUCAGCCGCUAAGAUUUGAGUUUUGUUGCUUUACUGUUCUACAAGUAUUGCAUUUGUUUUCUCUUUUGCAUUCUGAGUUGUAGUUUCCAUAGGAGGAAAAAAAGAAAAAAAAAAGUUGUAGGCCCUCGUUGUUGUAACUUCAAGAUUCAAUAUCGUUUCAAUAUUCAAGUGUUUUUAUUUGAAGGCCGUGUUCUCCUGUCCAAUGAGUCUAGGUUUCGGGAGUACUUUCCCUUCCUGGAUGGUAUGAAGCGUGUCUCCUAUUAUUAUAAUUCAUCGCCAGCGUCGUCGGGUUUAUCUUAUUUGGAUUUAGACAGGAACCCCCACUCAGAGGCGGAGCAGUUGGGUUCGAAAUUUGCUAAAACGGCAAAUGUAAACAGAGAAAUGGUGGCCAAUUUCCACCCACGUCAAACGGAGAGUACCCUGAAUGGACUCUAUAUCCCAAGUAUCACAGACACCCUUGAAAACAGUAUGCCCAGUGGGAUGUCCAUGGGCAUGACAAUGGGUGGCCACCAAGGUCACCCACCACCUGACAUAAAGCCUGACAUCUCAUCUCUCACAUCACCCACAUCCACACAUGGUUAUUAUGGCUUUGGCCCUGGAGGCAUGCCAAGUAUGGCCAGUUCUACUCAGCCCUCUCCUGGGCCACAGCAGAUGCACUCGCCAGGCAUGCAUUCACCCACUUCAUCCAUGGGGUCUCCACCCAUGCUCUGCCUGAGCCCAUCUGGUCCAAGCCCAUCCCCAGGGCUCCCCCAUUCUUCCCUUCACACCAAACAUAUCUGUGCAAUAUGCGGUGACAGAGCUUCCGGGAAACAUUAUGGUGUUUACAGCUGUGAAGGUUGUAAAGGUUUUUUUAAGAGAACAGUACGUAAAGAUCUAACAUAUGCUUGCCGUGAUGAUAAAAAUUGUAUGAUUGACAAGAGACAGCGCAAUAGGUGUCAGUACUGCCGUUAUAUGAAAUGUCUGUCAAUGGGCAUGAAGCGAGAAGCUAUUACAGCUGUCCAGGAGGAAAGACAGAGGGUGAAAGAGAAAGGGGACGGUGAGGUGGAGAGCACAAGUGGAGCCAACAAUGACAUGCCAGUUGAACAGAUUCUUGAAGCUGAACUUGCCGUUGACCCCAAAAUUGACACAUACAUAGACGCACAAGUGAGUGACCAAAUGCUUAUGAAAGAUCCAGUGACCAACAUAUGCCAGGCAGCUGAUAAACAAUUGUUUACAUUAGUGGAAUGGGCCAAACGAAUUCCUCAUUUUACAGAACUUCCAUUAGAGGAUCAAGUCAUUUUACUUAGAGCAGGUUGGAAUGAACUUCUGAUUGCUGGGUUCUCACAUCGUUCCAUUAUGGCCAAAGAUGGUAUAUUGUUAGCCACUGGUCUCCAUGUCCAUCGCAGCAGUGCUCACCAGGCAGGUGUUGGUACAAUAUUUGACCGUGUCCUGACUGAGCUGGUGGCCAAAAUGAGAGAUAUGAAGAUGGACAAAACAGAAUUGGGCUGUUUAAGAGCAGUGGUUUUGUUUAAUCCUGAUGCUAAAGGAUUGACUGCUGUUCAAGAAGUAGAACAGUUGCGAGAGAAGGUUUAUGCCUCUCUUGAGGAAUAUACAAAGUCUCGUUACCCUGAGGAGCCUGGCAGGUUUGCCAAGCUCCUUCUUCGAUUACCUGCACUCCGCUCCAUCGGCUUGAAAUGCCUGGAGCACCUCUUCUUCUUUAAACUGAUUGGUGACCAGCCCAUUGACACAUUUUUGAUGGAGAUGUUAGAAAACCCUAGCCCUGCCACAUAGCAACCAAUCCUGGAGGAUGCAGUCAGCAACCAAUCCUAGACUCUGUAUGGAAACACAACAGAAGAUUUGAAUAUUUUUUGGGGUUCUCUGGGCACAAUGGAAAAAAUGUAGACAUUUUUACCUAAACAAAGUAAAUGUCUUUCUAUGCUAUCUACUUGAAGAGUCCCUCAUGAAAAAUCUGAAAAGAAAUCUACUGGAGCAUAUAUAGUGAACUUGUUUCAUUUGGACAUUUGUCUUAAAGCUUUCUGAGUCACGUUUAUCUCUUGCAGACCACAUUGUUUUUAAUGGAAGGAAAUUUUAUGUUCAAAUAAUGUUUUGUGUGCAUGUAUUAUACUUUAUUUUGUUUUAAGUUGAAAGUCAAAUAUUUGGUUGAUGCUUUAUAUGUGGUUGGGCUGGCCACUUUUAUUUUGUAUGGUUUUUAUUCUACACUGAAGAGACUUUUUAACUGCAGGAAUGGCUAUUUCACUGAUUUGAUUAGACUGUGAUAGUAAGGGGUUUAAUACAUAGAUUUAUUUUUUUAAUAUUGAAAUAAUUGCCCCUUUUUUUUUAUUUAGAUGCUAAACCAGUGGUUUUAUUUUGUUCAUUUCUCCUUUCUCUUUUCUUUCAAUGACACAUCCAUAUGUUUGUUUUAAAGUUGUUUGCUAUUCUGGCUUUUGUUAAUAUGAAGUCUUUGUAAUGUGCUUUAGCCAUCUUUCUGUGCCAAGUUGGUGUGGAGUGUAUGCUUACAUUGGUUGGGCUGUGUGCUUGUCUUCAUUAUUGCUUCUGUGCCAAGUAGUAAGAGUUAUGUCCUUUUGUUCUUAAUGUAUCUUCAAACACACAAUGACAAUGGAAGAAUGUGUUUAUGUUUCAUUAUUUAUGUUUCUCUGUACACUGAAGUCAUCCAAUUGAAAGCUGUUCAUGUGGAACUCACAAGUCUGAUAACCUGAAACCAGUCUUAACAUUCACAUUUUCUUGUUUCUUUUUUCUUCUUUGUAAGAGAACACUUUCAAUAUAUUUUCAUGGGUGAUAUUCUCUUGAUGGUUUGGCAUUGAACUUUCAAUCCUGUCAUUAUCUCACUAAUGUUUAUCAAAGUACUGGGGUUGUUUUUUACUGUUUUUUUUUAUUUAACUAAAUGCUCCAAGAAUUUGUGCUGAUAUGUUAUUUAAAGUCUUUAUGAUACAGCUGUUGUUGAAUUUCCCAGACAAAUGGUCAACAAUUGAUCAACUCAAUGUAUUCAUCCUACUUAUAGUUCCACUCAGCAUGCAAGCCUUUGAAUUGUUAAGUUUCAUCCCAUAAAAACAGGAUUUUUACUGCAUUUAAUAUAAAAGUCUAUUCAAUAUGUUGACAACCAGUUCUUAAAAAGGUCAGACCUACUCAACAAAUUUGAUUUUACUACUGGAAGAAUAAAUAAUGAAAUACUAAAUUAUCCUGUCAGUAUCUCAGAGUGCUAAAUGAUGAAAUAUUAUAUUUCCUUUUUGCACAAGGUAUAGCUUACAUACUUAAACUUUGAUAUUUUGUGCGUGUUUGUGUAUGUAACAUAUAAUGGUUAAAGGUCUAGUGCAUGUCUUGAGUUUGAGGAAUAGCCUCUAUGUCUUGCAUGCUGUAAGGAACCACUACUUUUCUAAAUGAAAGGCUGGGGAUAGGGGUUUCACACUGGAGUUCCUGAAGGCAGUCUAGUGCAAAUUUGUUGAGGACUUAUGUUCAAAAUAUAGAGUAGUCUGUGAAUGGUUCACUGAGCUUUGUUACUUACAAGAUCUCCAUAGCCAAAUGUAGGUCUUCAAGAGUAGGACUGAAUGCUAGUAGUUUGUUUUGUUUUGAUUAUCCAUUGACCUUGUUCAUCUCUGUAUUGAAUCAUUGGAAACUGCCACUAUGGGUUGUAAACAUUUCACUAGCAGUCAAACAUUUGAGUCAUGCUAGUCUUCUCCCCACCUUUUGGUUUGUCUUGGCCACUUUCCUACUGAUUCUAAUUGUUGAGGGCUAGGCUAAGAAUAUCUAAGUAAUAAGUGUACAGUCAAUGUGUUAGGUCAAAGAAAAGACUUUUUGUGACUACUCCUUACAUCUAAGAGCUGGAGUCUGGCCCUUGUCAAAUCUUCAUUGUACUUGAUGGGACAAGAGACCAUUCCAAUUAUUACAUCUCCAAUCUGUGUCUCCUUCCUGGGACAGCACUUAGUGAAGAAAGAAUAUGUAGUAUUACUGACUGCCUGAAAGCUUCUAUUCUGUUAACCAGGUCUUGUACUCUCAUAGAAAAUGUUAUGUGUGACUAGGAAAUGCUUCAUUUGAUUGUAAAUAGAAAGUUGAUGACUGAAAGAUGUGUUUCAACUGGAUGAGUGACCUUUUGAUGAUAAUAAUAUAAUGUGCAAAUAUCACUUUUACAAUAUUUGAGUACGAUUACACAUGGGUAGACCUUUUACUUGAUGUACCAGUGAUGAAUGAAAUUUAUGUGUUUUUUUUUUAAUGUAUUAAAACUGGUAUCUACUUUGUAUGAAUUCAGGAAGAGAAUUUGUUCAUUGUAUUGACAACAUUUCACUGUACUGAUGUAUGUGUUGGGAGCCCUACUUUAAAUAGCUACACAUUUGGAAAUACAAUAGAACAUUUCUUGUGUAAUAUCCUGAAAGUUUACAGUCAACUAUUCAGAUGGAAGAUAGAAAUAAUGUUUACAAAGACUUGACUGUGUAGUGAAGUUCUUUUGAGAAUGAUAUUGUAUGUUCAUUACACAUGACAUUGAACAGUAUAAUAAAACAUUGGAUUUGUUUUCA